AGCCCCUUGGGGUAUUCGGAAGUUACUAAACUGGAUUAACUACAACUAUAACAUACCAGUACUGGUUACCGAGAAUGGUAUGUGUGAUAACGGGAAAAUAAAGGACCUACAAAGAAUUGAUUUUUAUAGGCAAUCUAUCAACGAAGUUUUAAAAGCAAUUAAAUAUGAUGACUGUAAUGUGAUUGGAUAUUCAGCAUGGUCAUUCCUAGACAGUUUUGAUUGGGAAAACGAAUAUAAAUCGCCUUUUGGUCUCGUCAACAUAGACUUUAACUCGCCUAACAGGACGAGAACACAAAAAUCUUCUUUCAAAUUUUAUAAGCAGCUCAUUAAAGAACAUGGGUUUAGACCUGGCUUCCCGGGAAAAGGAGGUAGUGGGACUGCUCCAGCAUAUGAAAAUCAAUUUUAUUACGACGUGUUUCCAGAGAAAUUUGUAUGGAGUUCUGCUACAUCUGCGUAUCAAAUUGAAGGAGGAUGGAAUGAAGGAGGUAAAGGACCAAGUGUUUGGGAUGACUUCGUUCAUUUGGGUAACACAAUUGCUGGCAAUGUUACUGGUGAUGUGGCUUGUAAUAGUUAUCACAAAUAUAAAGAUGACAUAAAAAUCUUGAAAGAAAUGGGGGUAAACGCAUACCGGUUUUCAAUAUCCUGGUCUAGGAUAUUACCUAAUGGGUUAAACUCGAGUUUAAAUCAAGAAGGUAUAAACUACUACAACAACUUGAUUGACGGACUUAUUGCGGAAGGAAUCAAACCUAUGGUAACAUUAUUCCACUGGGAUCUUCCUGCUAAUCUAGAAAACAAAUAUGGUGGAUUUCUGAAUAGCUCUAUCCAGCAAUAUUUUACAGACUAUGCUGAGAUCUGCUUUAAAAACUUCGGUGAUAGGGUCAAAUUAUGGAUUACAUUUAAUGAACCAUGGAUAACAGCCUGGACUAGUUAUGAAUUUAUUAAACAUGGAAAACAGCAUGAACUAAUUUUGAAGAUGACGUGA